AUGGGCAAGUCUGGAUCGGGCAAGACUUCGAUGCGUGCCAUCAUCUUCAAGUCGCAGCUCGCGGCCGACACCCGCCGGCUUGGCGCAACGAUCGAUGUCGAGUCGAGUCAGAUCAAGUUUCUCGGAGGGCUUCGCCUCGAUCUGUGGGAUUGUGGGGGCCAAGACUGUGAGUGCUUACCAUCCUGAUCAAUUGCGCCUUUUGCGGCCGUCUCGAGACGAUGGAUCCUUCGGGCGACGCUCUGCCCAGUCGUUCGCCCAAACGCUUAACCCCACUUUGGUCCCGGGAUCCGCUUCUCUCCAGCGUUCAUGGACUCGCAUUUGACCUCACAAUCGUCGGCGAUUUUUCGCUCGGUCCACUCUUUGAUCUACAUCUUUGACGCCGAAUCCGCCGAACUCAACGGGUCAGACGCCCACUACUUUAUCAAAUGCCUCAACGCUCUGCGCGACCAGAAUCCCAUCUCGAGCUCCACCAUCCCGGACGGUGAGCGUCGACGCGCCGAGGGCCCGACCGUGUUUGUCCUGCUGCACAAGAUGGAUCUCGUCGAGAAGGCGGCACAAGCUACCAAAUUUUCCGAUUUUCAGAACGACAUCAGCAAGCGGGCCGAGGACAGCGGAUGGACCGGCGAUUUACGCUUUUUCGGCACCAGCAUCUGGAACGAGACACUUUACAAGGUAAGCUAGGCGCGAAGACCAGGGUGCUCUAGGUGGUGGAGAGUAGCCCAGAACGUUACAAGGUGCAAGAGGAAUCACUUGGCUGACCGCCUCUCGUGACAGGCCUGGUCUGUCGUCAUUGGCCACCUCAUGCCUUCGCUGUCCUCACUCAAAUCACAUCUGUCGCACUUUCUUGAGCUGUCCUCAGCACGCGAGGUUGUGCUUUUCGAAAGGACCACAUUCCUUGUCAUAUCUCACGUCACGUUGGAUCCCUCUAUCGGGGAUAGCCCCGGUGCUGACGACGAAUCAACAAUGUGGGAUCGUCGCAGAUUCGAACGUAUCUCGACCAUGGUCAAGUCAUUCAAAAUGGCUUGCAGUAGACGGAGGUCAUCUUUCUCAAGCCUUUCCAUCUCGACUGCACAUUACACUGCGGUGCUUGAUGCGCUCACACCAGAAACAUACAUCCUGGUUGUGGCCAGGGCAGCGAUACGUGAGUCACCCGACAUCUGUCCUUUCCGGUGCGCAAACAUUCACCUAAGACUCACGCCGGCGCCUGUAACGAUUCCCAACGCCAUGCAGAGCCUGCUGCCCUGGAACUCAACAUCAAGUUGUCCAAACCUCACUUUGCCAAGCUUGAGACAAUUGGGUCGGCGCGGUAG